AUAUCCUCCACUUCGUAUUCCCCCAUGUGCACUAUUUCCUCUCUCUUCGUUAUCCCCACGUGCUCUAAUUUCCUCUCCUUCAUUUACUAUAUUUUCUUCUUUCUCUCCUAUUUCUCUGUACUUCUCUCUCUCUAGAGCUUAAACAUGAACCACCAUUUAAUUAAUCUUUCCCUCUUAAUCUUUCUAUUAACCUUUUCAUUAACUCAUUCCGCUACCAAUAAUAAUAACCAUCCUUCUUCAUUUUUCGGCAAAGUUGCUGCUUUAAAUCCCAAGCCGUUCAUUCCCAAAACGAACAAGUCUUCCAAAUCAUCUCGGCCGUCGAAGGCCACCGGUGAUAUCUGGACUAAGGCUAGCUCAGAAGCAGUGUUGAGCCUGGCGCGGAGGCCGGAGACUGUAAGUUGGUUGAAGAACGUGAGGAGGAAGAUACAUGAGAACCCUGAGCUUGCUUUUCAAGAGGUUAAAACUAGUGAACUCAUUCGAAAUGAAUUGGAUCAAUUAGGCAUACCUUAUAGAUAUCCGUUGGCCAAGACAGGUAUUCGGGCAUGGAUCGGUACCGGUGGGCCUCCGUUUGUGGCUAUCAGAGCUGACAUGGAUGCUUUACCUAUUCAGGAAGGUGUAGAGUGGGAGUACAAAAGCAAAGUCGCUGGAAAAAUGCAUGCUUGUGGACAUGAUGCUCAUGUAGCAAUGCUUCUUGGUGCUGCCAAGAUUUUGAAGAACCGUCAACACCUUUUGAAGGGAACUGUAAUAGUGUUGUUUCAGCCAGCAGAGGAAGCCGGAAACGGAGCGAAACGGAUGAUGGAAGAUGGUGCUCUUGAAGAUGUGGAGGCUAUAUUUGCAGUUCAUGUAUCCCAUGAGCAUCCUACUGGAAUCAUUGGUUCUAGACCUGGUCCUUUGCUUGCGGGAUGUGGGUUUUUUCAAGCAGUAAUUAGCAGAAAUCCACACCAUUUGGUUGAUCCCAUUUUGGCCGCUUCUGCUGCUAUAAUCAGCUUACAAGGCAUUGUCUCGCGCGAAUCAAAUCCACUCGACUCGCAGGUAGUUUCCGUCACAACAGUCGACGGAGGAAAUAAUCUUGACAUGAUUCCAAACACUGUUGUACUCGGCGGUACCUUCAGAGCAUUCUCCAACGCUAGUUUUUACCAGCUUCUUCGUAGAAUAAACGAGGUGAUUGUAGAACAAUCGAGGGUUUUCCGAUGCUCGGCAACUAUAGAUUUUUUUGAGCAAGAGUAUAAAAUCUACCCGCCGACUGUGAAUGAUGAUCGAAUGUAUGAACAUGUAAAGAAAGUAGCUAUUGAUUUAUUUGGUGCAUCAAAUUUCAGAGUCGUACCGCCAAUGAUGGGUGCCGAAGACUUCUCAUUUUACUCACAAGUGGUUCCAGCAGCAUUCUACUACAUCGGCGUAAGGAACGAAACGUUAGGCUCAAUACAUACGGGGCAUUCACCCCAUUUCAUGAUCGAUGAGGAUGUUCUACCUUUUGGUGCUGCUACUCAUGCUGCCGUUGCAGAAAGAUACCUAAUAGAGCACGAUUAAGCAGAAUGUCCAAAAAAACUGUUCCAAACAUGGCGGAGAGGGAUGCCGUACAGGGUAAAGGAUAAAAGGGAGAUAAGUUUUUCCUUGCCAAGAACCAACUGUUGGUUCUUUGAAUGUAGUGGCAAGUUGCAUUAGUAUUUUAAUGUUCUUCAAGUGAUUGUAAUUAUCUUUUAUUCAAUAGUAGAUCAAUCCAAAGCCUUUUUCCAA